GACAACAUUCGCUUAUUGAAUGUUUCUGCGACUUGUACAGGAUCCACAGCUGGAUGCUCCAGAAAUUCAGCCCCAUUGCUGUUGCAGGUGGGCGGCAGACAAGAGGUUCUGCGCACAGGGGCAGGACAUGAUGUCUUUGCUUCCUGGGUGGCAGAGCCGUUCAAGGAUUGCUGGGUCGUCUGGGGUCAUAGAUCCAGCAUGCAACGCAAGCAGCUGGUUGGUUUCCAACACCGUGAUGUGAGUUGUCGGUCCGCAGUUGAUGGUAGUGAGCUAAAUGACAAAGCGUGUAGAGGCCUGCAACGACCACGUCAGUGGCACCGUUGUGACUGUGGAGUGGUGGUUUGUCACGAACUUCCAGGCACAGCGAAGCAGCAACUUCGAGAGCUCCAUUCAGAGCUUGGCGCUGUUGCCAGCGGAAGCCGCGACGUGCGAUUCACCUUGCUUGGCUGCAUUGACAGCACUGACAAACCAGCAGGGGAGGUGAAGACUCUUCGGGAUGAAGCUUGCAUUGGGUGGAAGGAUGAGGAAACAUGCCGAUUGGGGCUGCCCUUCUACCGGUGGACUUCCUCGGAGAUGGCAAUUGCGCCGCUGAUGUGCUUCCGCUUCUGCACUGAGAGAGGCCUGGAUUUGUUUGGCCUCGUGAGCCUAGAGUGCCGCUGUGGCGCCUCCGCUCUGAAUCGUCAAAUUUGGCACUGGGCCCCACCACGGGCAGGUCUUAGCUUGGAAUGGUCUGAGCUGCAGAAGUGCACUGACCAGUCCACUCUCCGCGCUUACAGAUACACGGGGCACUUUGAGGCCGGUGGAGCUUUGCCAACACCUUUGGUCUCUAUGGCAGAGGAAGAUGUUGCCUACAUUGACUCCAUAGCCAAAGGGCAACUGAUGACUGCUGAAGAAGAAGAGGAUGUCAUCAAGAUUGACCAGGUUGAGGUGGAUCCAGCAGAAGUGGAAGUAUCGGAGCCGGAGCCGCCGCCAAUGUUGGUGCAGAGCCAAAGCCAUCGAAAUCAGUGUCCGGUCAACGGGGUUUGCCCUUGUAGCAAUCCUGACUACCCCUGCUAUGCUUACUACCAAACAGGUGGAUUUUGCGCUUGCUUCAAAAUCAAUAGCGUGACUACCCCGGAAAACUGUCAAGCUUUUGGCGGCACCUUCUGUGGCGAGUUUUCCACUACCACUACCACUACAACGACUACAACAACCUAUACAGGGCCUCCAACAACCUCCACUACAGCUUCAGGUCCACCGGAUGGUAUUGGAUGGGGCCGCUCUGGGCCACAGAGCAACUCUGGUACACGUUGGCCAGACAGGAGGAGUGAUCCUCCUGGAAAUGCUGAAGAUGUUUGGCAAGAAUAUGUUGUGAUCAAGUACACCUUCAACGAAAGCUUAGCGGAUGACAAUAACAGGAAGAAUGCCUUUCGACAGGCAGUCGAGAUGUGGAGAGAUACCACGUGCGUCAACUUUGUCGAAGAAGAGAACCCCUCAAGGCCAUACGUUCUGGUUGGAGUUUGGGACACUGGCAGCUGCUACGCGAGCUUAGGGUACUACUCCUUCUCCUCCUACAUGCGAGUCAACUUGGGCUGGUGUAACGACGACCUUCAUGUUGGAAAUAUGGCUCAUGAACUUGGCCACAUUUUGGGAAUGAGCCACGAGCAGCAGAGACCCGAUGGGCCAGAUGUUUUCUAUGGUAAAGGACCCCAUUUGGAAGUUUUCUGGGAUAACAUUGCCAGCAACUGGCAAUCGCAAUAUCUUCCUGAGGAAGAUGUUUAUACGGGUUCCAAAAACGAUGGCUCUGGCGACCCGCAGGUGGGCUAUGCACCGUACGACUUUGAAAGUAUCAUGCAUUACGGGGGCGGCUCGGCCUUUGAUACAAUUCCGUCCAGCCAAGAGUCUCUGGUUGGCCAGCGAAGCUACUUGUCCACAGGCACAACGGCAUUCAACUGCGAACUUGGCCUGUCAUCCUUUGAUUGUUUGGCUUUGAAGGAGGCAGCAGAUGCGAAGUUUGGACGCGCCCAGAGGGGAUUGAGGUUUGUAGAGGUGAUGGACCAGGCGUUCAGUGGUUGCUUUGCCAGCUUUGCACUGCCAGACUAUGACUCAGACUCUGCAUGUGAUAACAAGCCUGAGUACUUUGUCGUGCAGAGUGGUUCUUUUACUCUGGAACAGUGCCAGGCCGAGUGUGUGGUGCUUACAGAGUGUAAAGGCCUGGAGCAUCAUGUGGCCGGCCGAUGCGAACUUUGGAUUCGUCCUGAGGGAAUCCGCUCGACGCUGACGGGUAUAACUGGCUAUACUUGCCUGGCAUAUGCGCCGCGAGAUCCUGUGCUUUUCCGGCCAGUAUCUGGCGAUGGCACAAAUCAGGUAUGCCGUGGAAGCGGGCCCGGCGACAACUUGAAUAGCUACUUCACAGUGGUAUCGGUCUCCUCCCUGGAGCAAUGCAAAGUUGCCUGUGUGGAGUCAUCCAGCUGCACGGGGAUAGAGUACCAUGAAAGUGGUCGUU